GUUAACGCUGUAACAUGAUGUGAUGCUUCCUAAAAACAAUUAAGGCAUCACGAAGUGACAAACACAAGUUUUAUAUUACCUUAAAGUUCAGCUAUUUUUUAACUGACCUUACUGUGUCUCCCAGCACUAGAAAGUUUAACCUUUGUCAGACUACGUGUGUCUCUAGCUUUAAUUUGUUACAGCCGAUCGCAAAUGCACACUAGCUAGCUACAUGUUCGCGUGCGCCAUAGGCUGUCAUGAGAGGGCUUCGUUCAGCAGCACUAAUGUUAGUUUGGCGCCACAAACAGGAUAACAGCCAGAAACAAGAUGACACAGUAAAGUACCACUAGCUUUAGCCAACAAACCCAAAUAACUUGUCUAGGUAGGUAUGAUAGGACUAACCCUAAACUAAUUUUCGAAGGUUUAGCAGACAGAAGAAAAUGGAUCAAAUCACACAAGAAGAUAUUAGCCCACAAACUGAGGCAGUGCUAACUUCACCAUCCCCCCCAAAACGACCAAAGACAGAUUGCACAGUGACAAACAACCACAGUGGCAAAAUCCGGUUUGACUUCCCAGAGUUUUUCACAUUUAGGAAAACCAUUGGCUCCCCAUCAUCAACAAGUACCUUGCAGGAAAGUGCGGCCCAGGUAUGCAUAGCAGAAUGUGGGGAUAUUGAAGAUGAAAAACCUCAUGAGCAAGCAGAAGAUACCCAAUUAGUUGUCACCGCUAUUACUAGGUUGACAACGUUACACACUGGAUCAUCUAAAGUCUGUAUGAUUGCUGGUGAAAGAUGCUUUAACCCUCUGGUGAGAGAUGAGCAGCCUCCGGUUACUGAAACUGACAAACUCAGCUCAUACCCAGCAGAUGAUGCAGGUGGGGCAUUAGCAGAGUCUCACACUUCAAAAAACCCGUCCAGUCAUCCUGAUUGUAAAUCACUGGGGAAAUCACUUGAAGAAGAGACCCCUGGUGGUUGCAGUCUUCAUGCUGGAAAUGACGAAGAUUGGAGACAGGUGCGAAAUAGAUUAAGUCCAAUCCAAAAAUUCACCCUCAGUUCAAAUGAUGAGGGCGUCAGAUGUCAGUCUGAUUGCUCUUAUGAAGAUGCUUUACGUGACACAGGUUUUCGUAAAAUACUGAGCCAACCUGCAGAAUUUGAAGAGAGCAAUCUGAAGAGGGAUAAGCAUGGAUUUAGUGAGAAUAUCCUUUUUAGCAAGGAAGGGGAAGAAGGUAACAGACAUAUAUCUUUCAUUGAAUAUGCAGAAUCAUUAUACUCAGCCCCUGAGGACCAACCCUCUGAAAACUUGGCAGAAAGGGUUAAAUUUGAGGAAAAAAUAUUAGAAUUACAGAUUUGUGGAAAUGGAAAUGUUGCUGUCUGUGAUGGGGGAACAAAAGACCAAGUUCAUGAGAAUGGCAUGAGCAAAAACUCCAUCCCUUCUGCUGCUGAAUGUGCUGAGAGAUCAAUUGUUUCUAAUGAUGUGGUAUUAGCCAGAAAUAUCACAAUUGAGAGUGUGAGUAUUGAAGCUGACAACCUCUGUGGGGAGAGAGAGCAUGCUGGCAAGAUGAUAGCCAAAGCUUGGAGUGAAAUGGCAGAUCACACAACAGAGACUCCAAUGCCUGCAAGAAUCAGUCAAGAGCCUGCUGAAGGAAAUAAUGAUGCAAGCCCUUUCACUGUAUUUGACCCUGAAAUCUGGAGUGAAACUGACAGGAAGGCUGAGGAGAAACCCUGUAACUCAGAGAGUACUGCAGGUGUAAAAUUAUUCCCAUCAGUAAAAGUCUGUGUGAUGGAAACCCCUCUUUCACUCUGUUUUGACGCCCGGCUUUCACAGGAAGUUUCAGCCCCCACACACACUGGGCAGUGCGAAGAUGAAAAAGAUGACUUAUGGCAGUCAUACACAGAACCAAAGGCUUGUAAAACCACUACCAACGGAACACACAAGACUGGCAACGAGGGCACCUAUCUUUGGAAAUCCAGUCCCAGCAGCCCUCCAUGCAGUCCAGCAAAGCCUCCUGCAAAGGAUAAAAAACAAGAAAACAAUGAUACUUUGAGACCUCAUUUGAAAGAGCAGGAUUAUUCCGGCUCUUCUCCUGCCAGUCCUGACCACUUGAAGACACAGGAGGUUGAAUAUGUACAAACUGAAAAGCAAGAAAUAGAAGGAAGGACGCGUUUUGAAGAAGAAGUAAGAAACGAUGAACAUGUGAAGUCAGACAACUCAUCAGGCUUAGAGGAAAAACUGCUGCAACAACAUGAAAAACACAAAGAAGAGCAAAGUGAGAUGUUGACUGAUGAUUGCUUCAGUGACUGGACAAAGGAAAUAAUAAAUACAAAUGGCAACAACUUAACAUAUAUUAAUGAGGAAUUGGGAAAUUGGAAAAACAUUGAAUGCUUGCCUGACCACCCAUACAGUGUCACAGUUUCAACAAUGGUAAGGACAACAGAGGAAAAGGACAGAAAAGAAGAGGCAAGAGUUGGAGAAGAAACUGAUGUGCAUGGUAAUUUAGAGAAACUAGUGAAAUCAGAUGAUCAUCCUCAGCAACAAAGUCAACAGAAAGGACACAUGACGGAGGAAUCUAUCAGUGAAUGUGCAGACGGCAACAUGAGUAAAAGCAGCCACAAAGUAACCCUAGUUAGUCAACAUGAACAAGAAAACAAGCUCAUAUGUAUCUCUGAUACCCAACACAGAGCUGAGACAUUCAUGGUUGAACAUAAAGAAGAACUUUUGGCUUUCACGUCUCCCCCAACAAGUGAUGCAGUUGUGCCAGGUCCACAUGAAUUACCCCAUUCACAAAAUGCUGACAACAACCCCACAGCCCCAAACUGUAACAACACGUUUUCCCCAGUGCCAUCUGGCUACACUUUUAACAACCGUGUGCCGGGGGGUUUUGACACUUUUGAAAAGAUCCAGCUCUCGCUAGAUGAGGAUGAUGAUGAUGAUGAUGCUAGUCUGAGCAACAGCCCUGUCCUCACCAGCGAACCUGGGCAACCUUACCAGUUUAUGCCAGAGAGCAAUGAGCAUCUUGAGGUACCAGAAGAGGAGGAGGAGGAGGAAGAGGAGGAGGAGAUGGAAAUAUUUGAGUGUCAAACUGAGAACAUGGCAAAGGGAUUCACAUGCAGCGAUACCAGUUGUGAUGACCUCACAAACUUUAUCUCAUCAGCAGAUGUCAUGGCCCAAGGGUCGCCAGAGCAACAGCCUAACUGUGAAUCAUCUUAUAGUUCCUCUGAGUGCUUCCAGGAUGAUUUUAACCCACAGUCAAUGUCCUCCCCUCUUCUCCCAAAGAGCAACAGUCCAACCUCUGAUGUAAAUGACAGCCCUAAGUUUGAGAUGGAAAAACAAUUUGACAUGGUCUUGAAGGAGCUGAACUUGUUUUUUGAUAUUAGUGUAAGUGAUUUAACAAGUGACAGUAGAGCACCGUCACCUGAGCAGAGUGAUGAUGUAACUGGAGCCUUGGAGGGUGACACUUCAAACAGCAAAGAACAGCUCAGCAGCCCAGAACUAGGACCACAUAGAGACACAUCAUCAAAUGAUGCUGAUGAAGACUGCAUCCUAGAAAUGUGUGGAGGGGAUCCAGUGGUUUCCUGUUCCUCUGGCAGCGGUGACGGCGAGCAGGAGGUGCCCCUUGGAAGCCACCUGUGCCAGAAAACAUCCAUGUACACUGCAGAGAAACACAUAGAGCCCCAGGAGGUGGAGCACAAAAGGAAAAUGUGGUCUCCGUCCUUCGAGUGUCAACCCUUCUUGGAACAAUUGAGCCACAGACAGCCAGAGCAACCCAGGAGACUAGAGCCUCUGAAAACAUGCUCACGGCCGAUCCGGGUUGGACUUUCAAAGAGAGCCAAGACCAAACACCUACACCUUCUCCACGCCUACAAAUGAACUUUGGAAAUGCAUUCAAGGUGAUGAGUGUUUAAUGAAGGUCUCCUUUGUUGCAAGGUUCAAUAACUGAACUUUUAUUUUCUACUUUACAGUAUAUUGUUCUUGGUUUUUGUGAGUUGUGGUGGUUCUUGUUCAUUUGUACCAUUGCCUCUUUAUCCAGGGGAAUAUCCAAAUGCCCUGUCACAUUUAUACAUCUACAUGCAUCCUCUCAUUGGAAAUUCCUAUAUAGUCAAAGUCUGCUGCUGUUUGCCCACUGAGCAACUGGGGAUAAGUUCCUUGCCCAAGAACACCCUGACAGUAUUUGUUGAUAAAAGAUAACAGU